AUGGCCGGACCAGUGCACCUUGAACUCGUCCGAGCAGAUCCUCCCGUUCUAUUUAGUUUAUGAUCAAAAACUACAAGAUUUAAACAUGUUGAACUUCCCGCAGUUGCAUCGCUGCGCGCGCUCCGCCGCGGGAAGGGUGUCGCGCGCCAGAAGCGCCAGUUCGCGGUCAAACGGCAUGUUUGUGCGCGCGAGCUCAGCCAGCGGAGGCGCGAGCAGCUACAGGUGCUACACGCGGGGCACUUCUGGCCCGGAGCCGGUCCGGAUCGGCUGUGCUUCCGGGUUCUGGGGGGACACCGCGGCCUCAGUACCUCAGCUGGUCCACGGGGGGCCGCUGGACUUCCUGGUGUUCGACUACCUCAGUGAGAUCACCAUGUCGUUGCUGACCGCCGCCAAGACCAGGAGCCCCGAUCUGGGCUACGCUCCGGACUUCGUCCACUUCGCUCUCGCUCCGUUCCUCAACGACAUCCAGAGGAAAGGUAUCCGUGUGGUGAGCAACGCGGGGGGGGUGAACCCUCUGGGCUGUGCGGAGGCCAUACGGGGCAUCAUCAGGAAGGCCGGCCUGCAGCUCAAGGUGGCCGUGGUGACCGGGGACGACCUCAUGCCCCACAGGAGCAGCCUCUCUGAAGUAAAGAUGGCCUCCUCCUCCUCCUCCUCCUCCUCCAGACAGCCGUUACCUAAAGCUCUCCACAGCAUGAACGCUUACCUGGGGGCUCAGCCAAUCCAGCGCUGUCUGGACCUCGGGGCCGACAUCGUGGUGACGGGCCGCUGCGUGGACAGCGCCGUGACCCUGGGCCCGCUCAUGCACCGGUUCGGCUGGGGGAGCACGGACUAUGACCUGCUGGCAUCCGGCAGUCUGGCAGGUCACCUGAUCGAGUGUGGAGCUCAGAGUACAGGUGGAGUCUUCACAGACUGGCACAAAGUACCUGACUGGGACAACGGGGGUUUCCCGGUGGUCUCCGUCUCCCCCGACGGCUCCUUCCUGCUCACCAAACCUCCGGGUACCGGAGGUUUGGUGAGCUUCGGCACGGCGGCGGAGCAGCUGGUGUACGAGAUCUCUGACCCCCAGAGGUACCUGCUGCCCGACGUCACCUGUGACUUCAGCCAGGUGGUCAUCCAGGAAGUAGCAGGUGUGGAUGGGGGAGCGGUCCGGGUGACGGGGGCUCGAGGUUCGGCUCCAUCACGCGACUACAAGGUGUGUGCCACCUACCUGGACGGGUUCAGGGCCACGGCGGUGUGUCCGGUCGGCGGCCCGCGAGCAGCGGAGAAGGCCCGAAGGACCGCAGAGAGCAUCCUCAAGAGGACCAGGCGGAUGCUGCAGCAGGUGGGUUUGGGUGACUUCAGCGCCGUCAACAUUCAGGUCCUCGGAGCUGAAGACACGUACGGACCCAACGCCCGCCACACGGGCUCCAGGGAGGCCGUGAUCUGGAUGGCCGUCCACCACAAGCAGAAGAAAGCGGUGGAGAUCUUCUCCAGAGAAGUCGCUCCUGCAGGAACCGGCAUGGCUCCCGGGCUGACCGGCAUCGUGGGCGGACGACCCCGAGUGUCUCCGGUCCUGAAGCCCUUCUUCUUCAUGCACCCCAAAUCUCAGAUGAAGGUAGACAUCUACGUCGGAGGAGAGCUGGUGGAGACUCUGGAAGAGGCGGAGCCAGACACACCUGAGGAGGAAGCUCCUCCCACCUCAGUGCAGGACGAACCGGACGAAGGACUCCUCCCCUCCGGCCCUCACAGCUACCGACUGGAGGAGCUGGCCUUCACCAGGAGCGGAGACAAAGGAGACGCAGCCAACAUCGGAGUCAUCGCUCGUCAUCCUCUCUUCUUCCCCUACCUCAAGAAGCACCUGACUUCUUCUGUGGUGGAGGACUACUUCAGUCACCUCAUCGAGCCGGGAGCCAAGAACCCCGUGACACGAUACACUCUCCCGGGGGUCCACGGUCUCAACUUCGUCCUGCAGAGUUCACUGGGAGGGGGAGGGGUGGCGUCUCUACGCAGCGACCCGCAGGGGAAGUCUUACGGUCAGAUGCUGCUGGACGUGAAGCUGGAAGGACUUCCUGACCUCAAGACUCUGGUGGAGGUUUUGGCCCCGCCCCCUCGGGUCGGCCCCGCCCCCCCGGCUCGCUCACCUCGACGCGACCCGGCCUCGAUGUUCGGCGCCCCGCAGGAAUGUGAGUCUCCUUCCAGCUCUGGUUGGUGGGUAAUUGCUAACAGACCGGAGCUGCUCCUCUGGACCUCCUCCUCCUCUCCUCCUCCUAUCCCACCUCCUCCUCCUCCUCUCCCUCCUCCUCCUCCUCCUCCUCUCCCUCCUCACUUUGCUCACAUUUUAGGAGGAGGUAAAAAAUGCCUGAUUUUGUUUUUGGAUUCGUGAGCGUCGGCUAAACACGAGAAGGAAUUUCCUGGAGUGGUGGAGACCACAUGAGACCACAUGAGACCACAUGAGACCACAUGAGACCACAUGAGACUACAUGACACCACAUGAGACUACAUGACACCACAUGAGACCACAUGAGACCACAUGAGACCACAUGAGACCACAUGAGACUACAUCAGAUUACAUCAGACUACAUGAGACCACAUGAGACCACAUGAGACUACAUGAGACCCCGUGAGACCACAUGAGAUUACAUCAGACUACAUGAGACCACAUGAGACUACAUCAGAUUACAUCAGGCUACAUGAGACCACAUGAGACCACAUGAGACUACAUGAGACCCCGUGAGACCACAUGAGAUUACAUCAGACUACAUGAGACCACAUGAGACCACAUGAGACCACAUGAGACCCCGUGAGACCACAUGAGACCACAUGAGACCACAUCAGACUACAUGAGACCACAUGAGACAACAUGAGACUACAUCAGAUUACAUCAGGCUACAUGAGACCACAUGAGACCACAUGAGACUACAUGAGACCCCGUGAGACCACAUGAGAUUACAUCAGACUACAUGAGACCACAUGAGACCACAUGACACCACAUGAGACCCCGUGAGACCACAUGAGACCACAUGAGACUACAUGACACCACAUGAGACUACAUGAGACUACAUCAGAUUACAUCAGGCUACAUGAGACCACAUGAGACUACAUGAGACUACAUGAGACCCCGUGAGACCACAUGAGAUUACAUCAGACUACAUGAGACUACAUGAGACUACAUCAGACUACAUGAGACCACAUGAGACUACAUCAGAUUACAUCAGAUUACAUCAGAUUACAUCAGACUACAUGAGACCCCGUGAGACCACAUGAGACUACAUCAGAUUACAUCAGACUACAUGAGACCACAUGAGACUACAUCAGACUACAUGAGACCACAUGAGACUACAUCAGAUUACAUCAGACUACAUGAGACCACAUGACACCACGUGAGACCACAUGAGACCCCAUGAGACCCCAUGAGACCACAUGAGACGGACCUCCUGGGACCAGGACCAGAACCUCGGGCCGCUAAUCAGACGCACGAUGAAACCACAGGACUGGAGAGCGGAGCUCGUAAAACGAUGAUCCACGAGGUUUGUUCGAGGACCUUCGGCUGAUUUCCUGCUCUCGUAAAAAGCUUCAAAGUAAGAGCUCACGUCUCCAUGACGAUGGGGAUGAGGAUGAUGAAGGUCACAUCUGCCCAACACGUUGACCGCGUUCAUUAGAACUAACGAGAAGGACCCCGGUUUCACGUUUCAUCUCCUCGCCGUGGACGACGUUUAGACUUCUUCUGGAGAACCUGAACUUCUGGAGGUCCUCGGGGGUCCGGGUCCAGAUCUUGAUCCUGUGAUUCCUAUUGGCCGGUCCCCCAUAGAGAGCCGGUGAAGACGAGGUCGGGACACUUUGUUCAUUAGUCGUGAUGUUCUGGUGAAGAGCAGAGGACCCAGGAUGGAGCCCUGUGGAACCCCACAGCAGAAAAACAUGAAGGCUCCACGAUGAAAACAUGCGUACUGUCUCUUUAAAUCUUCACCCCGAGUUCCUCAGGUGUUUCCUUGCCUGUGUGGAGGAGGAGGAGGAGGAGGAGGAGGAGGUGGUCUUCUGUGCCAUCCGGUCGACUUUCGAUCUUAUUCCUGUUUUCUGUGUCGAGGAGUGAGAUUGUGAUUCAUUUGUUUGUCUCACUAAUCACAUUUAAAGAGUUGAUUCUGUAGAUGAUGAACUGAAGAGAUUAAUAAACAGAUUUUCAUGA